GGCGAUAAAGGGGCACUGCAUGACCAAGUCGCAGGGAAGCAAAGACAGCUUUCAAUCAAGUCAUUGCAUAUAAGCAGACAACACUUGUGCCAUUUGUGCGAAUAACUGACAAUCAAACAGCACGGUGUGGUUUAUAAGGUAAAAUUGAAAAAGAAGGUCGUAGUCGAUAGACACAGGAUAGUUUUCAACAACUACCAGAGUGUCGAUUCGAUGCUAGGCGGGUAACGAAAGUAACACGUCUGUCUGUGACGAGUUCAGACCACAAGCAGAGGAAAUAUCAAACAGUAUCUGUGAGGCGCAAUCAAUGUAGAAUAAGAGAUCAGGAGUUUGGGCUAUCAUUCCUGUUCGGAAAAGCAAUCGCUAUGAGACGACGUAGGCGUGAUGAAUCUAUUCCAGGUCACCGAGGUUUUCACGCAUGAUUUACUCCAUUAGACAAAUACCCAGCAACAGCGAAGUUCAACGGAUGCCUACCAAGUUGACCUUGCGCUUGCCACUCCCGGGCCAUUCACUGCCAGGCGAGGCCUCGGAACAAACCUUGGCCAAGUCCUCCAAUAGUAUCUGUGAUACAAGCAAGAGACAUAAGAAUUGUCAUUACGAUGGCCAUGCGGAGAUUACACUUACUCGACGAGCUGCCUUUAUCUAUUCCAAACAACAUACUUCAACGUCUACUAUGAUGCCCUGGAGAAGAUGUGAUGAAACACGAACCUCUGGCACAGGAAUCGCGGAAACAAUUGAGCUAAGAGCGAAGAGAGUCGAGAAGAUCAUGGAGGUACGCAUGUUGGUGCCUCAGGUGUUACGACAAGGAAUACAGGAGAAUUUAGAGAAGAAAGCAGAAAGUUUGUUGGGAGAGGGAGUGAUGAGGGAGGUCCGGAGGCACUGAACCAGUGGGUGCUUUAUAGAGCGUUGUCAAAUGAACUUAACCUAAA